AAAAUAAGACAAAAUAUCAACCCGGCCUAUUGCUGUUUCUGAAACGUACUGUUAUACUUCACUCUGCUAAAGCAAACUCCGCCCCGAACUCCGUCGUCUCUCGACUCCCGAUAAAUUAGAUUAAUGGCAGGCGGAAAUGAUAAUCAUAUAACCCGAGUUCUUUUUUGCGGGCCGCAUUUCCCUGCUUCCCAUGUCUACACUAAACAGUACUUGCAAAAGUACCCUUUUAUUCAGGUUGAUGUUGUUCCUCUCAAGGAUGUGGCUGAUGUUAUUUCAAAUUAUGACAUCUGUGUUACGAAAACUAUGCGGAUUGAUUCGAGUAUUAUUGCUCGUGCUAGUCGGAUGAAGCUUAUAAUGCAAUAUGGUGUUGGCCUUGAUGGUGUUGAUAUUGAUGCUGCUACCAGGUGUGGGAUCAAAGUUGCUAGAAUUCCGGGUGGUAUCACUGGAAAUGCAGCUUCUUGUGCCGAAAUGGCUAUUUAUUUGAUGUUGGGCCUUCUUCGGAAGCAGAAUGAGAUGCAAGUUUCAGUAAAGCAGAAAAAGCUUGGAGAACCAAUUGGUCAAACACUACUAGGCAAGACAGUAUUCAUACUGGGAUUUGGAAACAUCGGGAUUGAGUUGGCAAAGCGCUUGCGACCCUUUGGUGUAAAAAUUAUUGCCUCAAAACGAAGUUGGGCACAUUUACAUACUUCUCCUGAAAAAAAUGGGCUAGUACAGAAUAGUUCCCUUGAUGAUAUAGUUGAUGAAACGGCCAGUCAUGAACAUAUUUGUGAGUUUGCUGGCAAGGCGGAUAUAGUUGUUUGCUGCUUGCUAAUGAACAAAGAGACAGCCGGAAUUGUAAACAAUUCAUUCAUUUCUUCAAUGAGAAAGGGUGCCCAUUUGAUAAACAUUGCUCGAGGUGGUCUUCUAGACUAUGAGGCAGUUCUGCAUCACCUUAAAUCUGGCCACUUGGGAGGCUUAGGCAUAGACGUUGCUUGGACCGAGCCACUUGAUCCUGAGGAUCCAGUUCUAAAGCUUGACAAUGUUCUAAUUACUCCUCAUGUUGCAGGUGUAACAGAACAUUCUUAUAGAUCCAUGGCCAAGGUUGUUGGAGAUGUUGCACUUCAACUUUAUGCAGGCACUCCUUGGACGAGCAUAGAGAUUGUGAAUUAAUUCAUUAGUUUUUCCUACUUUCUUUAGAGUGGAGAUCAAAAACCCCAAGGCGUAGAUGAGUUGGUAAAGCGCUCUUUUAGCUUAAGUGAGGUCGCGGGUUCGAACCGUACUCAUGUAUGCAGCCGUUUAAAACUUGGGGCCAGAGUUUGCCUCCCGAAAAGGACCUACACGGCUCGAGUGGGGAUUAGUCUGAAUGUGGAAGGCUUAAAGGUGCCGUCUCAUAGUUGAGACCCGUUCAGGAAACCUCAUGGACCCUGUACCAAGAAAGAGUGGAGAUCAAAACAAUUUAUUAAUGAGAAUUUUAUUAUUUAAUUGUGAUUCUUCUUCUGUACUUCUUAAAUAAUAUUUUUUAUAUAUAAUUUUGAUUAGUUGUA